AUCAAAGAUUGUUACCCCUUUUGGUCAUUAUCAUUAAAGGCACAACCUAAGCAACCCAAAACUUGAACAUAACUCUUUCUCUUACAGCCAGAAGUCUACAAUUGGUCUACUGUCACUGAAACUCUGAAACCAACUCAAUUAACCCAUAAAUGAUAAAUCCAAAUAUACCCAAUUGAAAAAACCCAAUUUAAUCCACCAAAAAAAAAAAAAAAAAAAACAGUUGCACAUCAACUUCUUCCUCCAACAAAUCUCUGAUCAGUCUCACACAAUUUACACAUCUCCAUAACUUCUUGGGGGUCCACUACUCAAUUUACCCAUCUUCUACUCUCCUUAUUUUCAUCCACCCUUUUAUUUAAUUAAUAAUUAACUCGUCUUCGUCUUCCCCAAAACUCAGCCAAACAACUCGGUGACUCGCCAACCAUGGACCUCGACAUGUCGUCCAUGGCGGCUGCUCUGGGGUUAUCAGUACCAGUGCUCAGAUUCCUCCUAUGCUAUGUUGCCACAAUACCCAUUAGCUUUUUAUGGCGUUUGGUACCAAGAACUCUUCCGAAACACAUCUAUGCUGCUUUUACUGGGGCCCUUCUUUGUUACCUUUCUUUUGGGGUUUCUUCCAAUCUUCAUUUUCUUGUUUCUAUUUUGAUUGGGUAUCUUUCUAUGCUUGUUUAUCGACCUAAAUGUGGUCUCAUCGCUUUCUUCGCCGCAUUUGGGUAUUUGAUUGGUUGCCAUGUUUAUUACAUGAGCGGAGAUGCAUGGAAGGAGGGUGGAAUCGACACUACUGGUGCUCUGAUGGUCUUGACGCUCAAAGUCAUCUCAUGCGCAAUAAAUUAUCAAGAUGGACUAUUGAAAGAUGAAGACCUACGUGAAGCACAGAAAAAGAACCGGUUGCUGAAAAAGCCCUCCUUGAUUGAAUAUGUUGGAUAUUGCCUCUGCUGCGGGAGUCACCUUGCUGGACCUGUAUUUGAAAUGAAGGAUUAUCUUGAUUGGACAGAAGGAAAAGGGCUUUGGAGUCCAUCGGAGAAACAGCCAUCACCUUGGGGUGGAGUAGGUCGGGCUCUUCUUCGAGCUGCUAUAUGCAUGGCUCUCUAUUUGAAUUUGGUGCCAUAUUUCCCCUUGUCUACUUUUACGAACCCCUCGUAUGGGGAAUGGGGAUUCUUUAAAAAGCUGGGUUAUCAGUACUUGUGUGGAUUUACAGCACGGUGGAAGUAUUAUUUCAUCUGGUCUAUCUCGGAAGCUGCUACAAUAAUUUCAGGUUUUGGAUUUAGUGGAUGGACAAAUACAUCCCCACCAAAGCCCAAGUGGGAUCGUGCCCAAAAUGUCGAUAUCAUUGGAGUUGAGUUGGCAAAGAGUGCGGUUCAGAUACCACUUGUCUGGAAUAUACAAGUCAGCACCUGGCUCCGCCACUAUGUCUAUGAGAGACUGGUCCAGAAGAACAAGAAGGGUGGUUUCUUUCAGCUGCUCGCUACACAGACAGUCAGUGCUGUUUGGCAUGGACUAUAUCCUGGCUACAUAUUUUUCUUUGUUCAGUCGGCUUUGAUGAUUGCUGGGUCUAAAGUAAUUUACAGAUGGCAGCAAGGUGUAUCUGCGGGUAUUUUGAAGAAGCUAUUGACAUUUGUAAAUUUUGCAUAUACAAUGCUGGUUCUGAAUUAUUCAGCAGUUGGUUUUAUGGUACUAAGCUUGCAUGAAACCUUGACUGCGUACGGAAGUGUGUAUUACAUUGGCACCAUUGUUCCUGUCGUCCUUCUAAUACUGGGUUCUGUUGUCAAACCUCCAAGACCAGCAAGGUCAAAAGCUCAGAAGAAGGAAUUGUGAUGCGGAUAAACCUUACACGGUCUCUUCUUGUGCAUCCAAAACCCAGAGGAAUGUUUCGUUUUGGAUAACUCAAAUUUAAUCAGUUCUCAUCACAGACCAACCUGAAGUAUUGAUCAUGCUUUUAGCUGCUUUCAUUCUGCUGUUGCAAAAUCUUUAUUUUUGAGGUUCUGUUUUGAAACUAUGCACGUCAUUGCUUGUAUUUGGUUUUUUUAGCAUUACUUAGAAUUCGAAGUUUGCUUAAACAAUAGAGCCAAAGUUUAGAAAUGACAAAUCUUGUGCUGCCUUUCAAAUUUGAUUA